AUGAACGACGAAACUACGAUGCGAAGUCAAUUAAUGUCCUCACAAACAUCACGAUUAAGUAGUUAUUCGGGGCGACAUUUUGAUUUUUUGGAUACACAUCAUUCGGUUUUUUCACGAAGUAGUUAUUAUAAUGAUAAAAUUGCAAUGCAUCCAUGGUUACGUCGUCCAUGUUCACGCUAUUCUGGCAUUUCACUUACAACAUUAUCUGCUGGUCCCUGUUCAAGUCGCAUUGAUGAAUUAGCUCGACCAAGAAUCAAACGUGAACGGCUUAUUCGACAAGAAUUUUUUGAUAAUUUUACAAAUUAUGCAUACAGUGGUGUUAAAGCUGGUGCAUUAACAGCACAGUGUUCAGAGCGUUUAACUGAACUUGCUCGGCCAAAAAAGAAACCAGUCAGCUCGAUGAAUGGUGAAAAAGCUCCACAUGAGGUUCCGGAAAGUGCACUUCAGGCACACAUAACUGAUCGCAUCGAAGCAUUGGCUAAACCAAGAUAUAAUAAACAUAUUCACAUGCAAUCAUUACGGAACAAUAAAAAAACAUCAUAG